AAAAAAGGAUUCAAUGGGCAAAUAAUAUGCUAGAGAGCCAGCAGUUGCUAAAAAGUCCGCUAAGGCUAGGGCAAGUGAUUUAAGAACUCACUUUAAGAAUACAUAUGAAGUAGCUAAAGCACUUAAAGGAUAAACCCUUGCUUAAGCACUCAAAUAUUUACAAGAUGUCUUAUAACAUAAUAGAUGUGUUCCAUUCACCAGAUUUAAUGGAGGUGUAGGCAGAACAGGUUAAGCCAAAGAAUUCGGCAGAUCAUAAGGUAGAUGGCCUGAAAAGAGUGUGAGAAUUGUUUUAUCACUCUUGUAAAAUUUGGCUGCUAAUGCUUAAGUCAAGAACUUGACUAAUGAUAAAUUGAUUAUCAAUCAUGUUUAAGUCAAUAGAGCUUAAAAGGGUAGACGUAGAACAUACAGAGCACACGGAAGAAUUAAUCCAUUCUUAUCAUCUAAUGCUCACGUUGAAAUCUGGGCUGCUGAGAAAGAUGAAAAUGUUAAGAAAGAAGCAAAUAAUAAAGUUGUUGCUCGUUAAUCAAGAAAAUAGGCUGCUAGAUCCAAAUUGGCUAUUGGUGCAUGAGGCUAUAUUAAUAGUAGUAUAAUAUUUUAAUAUUCCAAUGUGUUAA